UCGGAUGAGCAUCCGGCGAUGGGAUUCAUUUACGAGGCAAUGGAUCGUGCGAAAGAGGAAAUUUAAAGCAAUUUCAAUAAUGUUUUCACAUGAUAAACUUUUAAUUAGUUAAACUUAUUUACUUUACUAUUAUAUUUCUCUAAACUUUUUAUUUGUUCAUUAAUACUCUUUAUUUAAUUGUGUUAGCUAUGAUCCUAUAUGGACCAUCAUUGAUAGAAGAUGGGAAUCCCAACUCCAUCACCCAUUGCAUGCUGCAGCAUACUUUUCGAACCCUCAGUUUCAUUACAGUCCUAAUUUUCAGCCCGAUGCGGAGGUUAAAAUUGGGCUAUACAAAUGUCUUGAAAGAAUGGUUCCUGAUGUUAAUGAGAGGGUGAAGAUAGAUUUGCAAAUUGAUGCAUUCAAGAGUGCAAGAGGGCUCUUUGGCAUACAAAAUGCAGCCAUGACUAGGAAAAAGAAAUCUCCAGCUGAUUGGUGGGACUCUUUUGGUGAUGAAUGCCCUGAGUUGAAGAGGUUUGCAAUUAGGAUAUUAAGUUUAGCAUGCAGUUCAUCGGGGUGUGAGCGAAAUUGGAGUGCUUUUGAGAUGGUGCAUUCAAAGCGGAGGAAUCGUUUGCACCAAAAGAGAAUGAAUGACUUGGUGUUUGUCAUAUACAAUUUGAAAUUGAGACAACGACACAUGAAUAGACAAACAAUCGUGAAUCCAUUAUGCUUUGAUGAUAUCCCAUCAGAUGAUGAAUGGAUAACAAAGAGAGAGACUCCGACUCUUCCAAGAGAAGGAAAUUGGUUGAGUGUGCUUGAUAGGAAUGCUUGACAUGGAUGUGAUUCGGAUGAAGGCGAA